AUGAAGGCCGCGAAGAAGUAUAACGUCAGGUGUGAUGCAAGUAACCCCACGGAGAACCUCCGCGCGCAGCUACCUGUCUGGAGCCACAUUGGACGAGCCCCGGGUCGAUGCGCAGAGAACUCACCGGGGUGCCGAUGCCUCCGGAAUGGACACCAAGUUAGAACGGUAGAACAAUGCGAGGCUGCUGCAGAGAGACUAACGAAAUUGGACCUGAACCACAUCCCCCGUCCCUGCUGCCCGUGCAACCAUUGUGAACGAGACCGAUCCUUGUAUGGAUGUGACAACCCGCACCGCUGUGCGAAUGCUGCAGCGAGGAUUGUGGGUCGGAUAGUGGAGAAAUGGAACCCGAGACGGAGGGGCAACGGGGACGGACUGACUCUCACGUCGAGAAGGAAGAGGGAGAAUGUGUCCGCACGUGUAGCGAACGACCGUGUGCUGUUUGACCCCUCGAUGUCCACAGACGCCCCGAUAGCUGAAUCCCUGCGUGUCUUUGUCCCGACGGCGACGGUGGACGUACGGCCAGCCCUGCGUCCGUCCAGCCGUUUCCAAGUCUUGCAGGAAGCGGUUGAAGUCUUCACGGACGGGUCAGCCCGCGGCAAUGGCACGGGAUGUGCGAGUGCUGGGAGCGGCGCCUGGUUUGGUGAAAAUGAUGAGCGUAAUGAAGGAGUGCGAGUGCCAUACGAUGAACAGACAAACCAAAUAGCAGAGAUAUAUGCGGUAACCCUAGCCCAUCAGAAAGUGCCCCCGUUCGCGCCUAUGCAUGUGGUUAGCGAC